AUGUCGAACAUUGAGCAGUCCUUCCAGGCCGGCAAGGCGCAAGCCGAGGCUGAGUGCCAGGCGGAGCACGCCGCGCAGUCCGUCAAGGACGCCGCCGGCGCCACCACUGCCGCCACGGCCGACGCCGCCGGAGCUGCCGCCGACACCGCGCAGCUGCAGCAGCACCGCGCCGCCGACGCCGUUCAGGAGGCUGCCGGUCAGGUGGCGCACACGGCCGAGGGCGCGGCCGCCGCCGUCAAGGACACAGUGGCCGGCGGCCACUGAUGAACCCAUCUACUGAUCUACAAAUUCAAAAUGGUGCAUGGCCAAGGAGGGUUCCUGACGCGAAGCAAGGAAUGACGAUUAUUGAUUAUUUUGUUUCUAUCGUUGUUUAUUCUAUUUUAUUCUAUUUUACUUAAGUCAAAUGCUUGAGGACUUUGUUGUUCCGAGCUGUAUCACAUUAAUUUCAUUGGAAUUUUUUUUCAUAACUUCAUUUAAAAAAUUAGAUCUCAACUGGCUUUGCCAGAGGCACUACACUCUGCAUCUGUCAAACUAAAUCCGAACUAUCUGGAAAUAGUUGGAAUUUUUGGAGACAGCAUUGUAAAAGUAGUAUACUCGUAGGCUAACAAUGCCAUAAACAAUAGUACACUGCAUUCUACUCUUCAUCUUCAAUACUGACAAAUACAACCUUUUAUUCUUAACUAAAAUGCAAUUACCUCGUAUGCGUCCAUGACCGUGCCAUCAGCAUGAUUAGUCAUCAGGACUACUUCAAGUUAACACAUUAGCUAUACCGAUCUCACAGUUGAUAAAGACAGCUAAUGAGCACAGGCACAACUGUUUGCAGGGUUAGCUGUGCACUAGCGCCACAAAACAUUGAAAUUUCUGUAAUGCAUGCACUGCUCACCAAGAAAGAUAUAUUAAACCAUGGAGCAACAAAUUCAGAUGUUCGUCUGACUUGAAUUUAAAGAACGACAAACCAAUACUUCCAUAGUAAGUCUAAAUAGUUCGGACUGUACAACUCAGC